AAACAAACAUGGCGGGAUUAGAACUGUUAUCGGAUCAAGGAUUUAGAAUAGAUGGCCGUAGACCAAACGAAUUAAGAAAAAUUCAAUGUAGACUUGGUGUUUUCAAACAAUCGGAUGGGUCGGCGUAUAUUGAGCAAGGAAACACGAAGGUGCUGGCCGCAGUGUACGGUCCACAUGAGGUGCGGGGAAGUCGAUCUAAGAUGUUACAUGAUAAAGUUUUGGUGAAUUGUCAGUACAGCAUGGCUACCUUCAGUACUGGAGAGCGAAAGAAACGACCGCGUGGAGACAGGAAAUCUACUGAGAUGACGAUGCAUUUAAAACAAACAUUUGAUGCUGUGAUAUUGACCAGUUUAUAUCCACGUUCACAGAUUGAUAUUUAUGUUGAGGUAUUACAGUCAGAUGGAGGAAAUUAUUGUGCCAGUGUGAAUGCUGCUACAUUAGCUCUAAUAGAUGCUGGUAUUCCUUUAAAAGACUAUGUAUGUGCGUGUUCCGCUGGCUUCGUGAAUGAUACAUCUAUAGUAGAUAUCAGUUAUCUAGAAGAGUCUGGAGGUGGUCCGGAGUUAAUCGUGGCCACUCUUCCCAAAUCAGAACAAAUAGUGUUUUUAGAGAUGAAUUCUAGAUUACAUGAAGACAAUCUAAGUAAAGUAUUAGAUGUAGCAUCUAAAGGUUGUAAAGAUAUUUAUGAGAUAUUAGACCGAGCUGUUCGAGAACACGUCAGUAAAGUUUCUCAUUCUUUAGCCACCACUGAUUAAUAAAUAUUCAAAUCA